AGCCUGGGAUCUGUCACACAAAAAAUGGUUGUUUUGUCUGGAGGCGUAUCAUGGGAGGAGUCAGCAGGAGAGUUUCUAACAUACAUACAUCAUUGUCAGGCAAGUUUUGACAGGAAAAUACUGCAUUCCUAAGGACAGUAGAGUGUCUUUCUGUCUCUUUACUUUCUGUUUCCGUAACAGAGGAGAGUAAACUCUCGUAUUUUAAACUUUUAAACACUCUACUAAGACAGUUUAAGUGAAGUCCUAAAGGCUGUGUGACGUUUACCAGACAUUUCUCAACAAGUUGGAGAAAUGGCCUCAGAUACCAUGACUGUUGCUGCCCUGGGUCGACCUUUCAGCCUAGGAAUGCUCUAUGAUGCUCGGAAAGAUGAACUGAUCCCAGGUUUGACUUUGUGGGAUGAAGAAACUCUAAAAAAGAACACAGUUGAAAGCUCUCAGCACAGCAGUGCAUUUGACACGUCUGCAUCUGACUCCAUUGAAUCCAAGUCCUCUCUGCUGGGUGUUGAUGCUUCUCUGAAGGUCAGUUAUAUGUGUGGACUGAUUGAAGUUGGAGGAUCUGCCAAGUAUCUGAAUGAUACGAAGAAAUUCAAGAAUCAGAGCAGAGUGACGUGUCAGUACAAAGCUACCACACACUUCAGAAAGUUGUCAAUGACUCACCUUACAACUAUGGACACACAACAAAUAGAUGUUAUUCAAAAGAGCUCUGCAACUCAUGUAGUCACAGGCAUCCUUUAUGGAGCAAACGCUUUCUUUGUGUUUGACAGUGAGAAGUUAGACGCCAGCAGCGUUCAGGACUUUCAGGGCAGCAUGGAAGCUGUGAUACAGAAGAUCCCCAAAUGUAAUGUUGACGGGAAAGUUGAACUCAAGCUGAGUAAAGAAAAAAAAGACCUGAUUGAGAAAUUCUCCUGCAAAUUCUACGGAGACUUCAUUCUUGAAAGCAACCCUGCAACAUUUGAAGACGCAGUGAAGACCUACAUACAACUUCCAAAGCUGCUGGGAGAAAAGGGAGAGAACGGUGUUCCACUGAAGGUCUGGCUGAUGCCACUGAAGAAGUUUUAUUCAGAAGCUGCUGAGCUGGUGAGAGAGAUCAGUGUUGGACUAGUGAGCAAGAUAGCGUAUGCUCUGGAAGAUUUAGGUCAAGUGGGAAUGAGAUGCAACGAUUCUCUGGUCGACAGAGUGGUGGAGAAUUUACCACUGAUUCAAGAAGAGUUAAGCACUUUCCAAAAACUGUGUAAUGAUUAUGCAACUAAACUCCAACAGACCAUGGAGAAGAAACUUACCUCGAUCAGAGCAGGUAAAGAAGAUGAGAGCUCAACAGAAAAAGUCCUUGAAGACAGAGACAAGUCACCAUUCAGUCAUAAGAAACUAAGCAAGUGGAUGGAAGACAAAGAGAGAGAAAUCAACAUCAUCAGGUCCUGUGUAGAAAAGAUGGAGGGAACAGAGAUUGUCCAAAAUCAGUCAGAGCUGGACAGAGAAGUUCUCGGUGUGGAGGAUGCUCUGUGCUUUGUUUUCACCUCCAUGGAAAGGGGGGACACCUACCUUGAUGUGAUAGCCGACUACUUGGACUCACAUAAAUUAGGAAGUACCUAUGAAAGUCCGUGGUACUACUCAGAAGAAGUUGUAACCAAAAUGAGUGAAAAAGCCAAAGAUUUCUCUUAUCUUGCCAAAGCACUGAAGAACAACAGCCGAUUCGGUUUCCUCAUAGCAGCCAUAGCAAAUAAGAAAUACACAGGAGCAACCAUCUACCAUUACAGGGAGGGCAUUCUGGUCUCUGAGGAGUUCUCAAAGCCUGACCUCCCUCCUGUGGAGAAAAUCACAGACAGAAGAGAUCUGAUCUGGUAUGCCUGUGAUCUCACCCUGGACCCAAACACUGUGAACAACUACCUCACUCUGUCUGACGAGAACAAAAAGGCAACAUGUGGAGCGUGGCAGAGAUAUCCUGAUCACCCGGAGAGGUUUGGUUCACGUCCUCAGGUGAUGUGCAGACAGAGGUUAAAGGGGCGACAUUACUGGGAGGUAGAAUGGAGGAAUUCUUUCUAUGAAUCUGUUUACACAGGUGUUGCGUACAAGGGAAUUGAAAGAAAAGGAGACAGUUCACAGAGCGAGCUUGGAAGUAAUACCAUGUCGUGGUGUUUUGGCCAGUAUGGCUUUCUGAAAUCCACACUUCACGCAUAUCAUAAUGGCAGGGUGUGGAGCAAUGCUUUUCCCUCUGACUGCAAAAGAGUUGGAGUGUUUCUGGACUGGCCUGCUGGCACUCUGUCCUACUACAGAGUCUCUGACAAACUGAGUCACCUCUACACCUUCAAGAACAUUCAGUUCACUGAGCCUGUUUACCCGUGUUUCUCGGUUGGACAACGAUACAAUUAUGUGUACCUUCGUCCAUUCGAAUAAGAGCACCGACAAAAGACUUGUUAGAUUAUCUGUAUGUCAAUAAGAAUAUGUGCUUACAUGUAAAGUUUAAAGAGCAGCAACCCAUUUUAUUUUGAAUGUACUUCACAUAUUCAAAACUGUAUUCAAACCCAGAUGGACCAGGAUAAUUGACGGUGCAACAAGGUGACUGUAUUUGUAAUUUUCUGUUUAUCAGUUCAUGUUGAUUCUAUGCUCAGCCUUCUUCUCAAACUGAUUUAUGCUUCACAGCUUCACAAUGGCUUUAAAUUUCCAUUGAUCAUGACUUUACUAUUCUUAAUAGAGAAUCACUAGUAACAGCAUUUUGUUAGCUAUGAAGUGUAACUAUCUGCAUAUCUGCAUCUGUCUGUAUGGUGAAUGUGUCCCCUUAUGUCUAUGGUGCAGGAAGCAAGGCUCAACCUCGCAGGACCUACUCUCACUCUGGUUUCUCUUUAUUCUGGUGCUGGUAUGAAAAUCAUCAGCAUCUAGCUUGGAAGUGUUUUCCUUUUCUACAAAAGAAAUGGUACUAUAGUCUUUUUCUAUACAUUCUAGUAUGAACUAACCACAGGAUCAUAGAGUGGUAAUAUUAAAUAUAAUUUCUAAAAAUCACCUAAGCAUCAAGAGCAAUUUACUUUUUUCACAAUAACAAACCCGAAAUUUAAGGAUGUGAUUCCUUCAGCUUUUAAUUCAUUAUCAAGUCUCAAAAUAACAGAGGACUGAAGCCUGUAUCCCUCCUAGAAAGACGCACUCAGUUAGCCCAGCUUGCUAAUGUUAGCACUGAUUCUUACUAGCUGUUACUUCAUGUUCAUGUUAUUUAAACACCUGCUGGGUGAUCAGCAUGUCCAUCACACGCAGCGUUUUUUUCUUCCCCCAUUACACAUUACUAUAUAUUGUAUUAUAUUUUAUCACUAUUCCCCUUUAGUCAGGAAUAUGGGGGAAAUUUACUAUUAGUUAAAAUCUUUUUUUGUACCAAUAUUAUACUAGUGUACAUAAAAAAUAGUUAACAAAAUUAUAAUUUUUUUGCCCCCAUUCAUAAUGAGCUGAACUCAAAGAUCUAAUACAAUAUUAAGACUUUCUAUGUUCACAAAAGGGCUAUUUCUCUCAAAUCAUUCCCAUAAAUGUACCACUUAAUUUUACCUUAGAUAACUACACCUCUUCCCUUUUUUUUUUAAACCUACAAUGACCCUAAUACGCAGUUGUACCUUUCCAUCUCAAUCAUGUUACAAAUAAAAUAUGAGUCAAUAAGAUAAAAUAGAGAAUUACAUCAAGAACACCGUAAAGUUACUUACAAAUGCGUUCAGUGCACUGCCAAGAUUUGGCCGUUUACGUUUUUUUAUGCUUCUCAUACUCUGAGAUUAUCGUUGGGCAUUCUUCUGGGGAAAAUACAGAGCAUGCACAUUUUUGAAUAAAUCUAUACCUGCAUAGCCUAAGAUGCCCCUUUUAUGCGAACAUGGACUAAACUAACUUACUAAAAUCUUAUUCAUUGAAUUACCCUUUAACAACAAAUUUGGCAGUCAGAGUUUGUCAUACCCUCGAGUUAAAUUCCCUUUGUAGUACAGGCCUCAGAAUGGCUCUGAGAGAGAGAGAUGUAACAUGCUGGACUUAUUACAGGACUCUGUCCACUGUCCAGAAGGAAACAUGGCUGAGGAACAGCCAAAGAAGAAAACAUCUGAAGAGCAUAAAAUUUUGAAACAAGUUAUUUGACCAGACAAGGGAAAGACCAAAGUUAACAUCCUUGACAUAGAGUUGAUCAGGUUGUUGAUUGCGGUCUGUGGAAUGUUGGUCCACUCCUCUUCAAUGGCUGUGUGAAGUUGCAGUCAGGUCGAGACCCCAAUGAGGAUGACGAGCAUGCAGAUGAGCUUCCCUGAGACGGUUCCUGACAGUUUGUGCAGAAAUUCUCUCUCUCUCUAUAUAUAUAUAUAUAUAUAUAUAAUGGCGCCACUUGAAGCGACACUACUGCCCAACACUGAGUAUAGUAACUGGUUCUGCAUGCAGUGGCACAAACUAACACCAAUUCCCAAUUACUGCGGUAAAGCACAAUAAUUAUCACUUUAUCACACAAGAACAGAGAGCAAGCUUGUAUUUGGCAGUCAUGUUACUGGAAUUUGGACUUGACCCUUAUCAGCAACCAUUAAAAAACUGGAAACUA